AUGUCUGGAAAGAAGAGUCGUGAUAAGGAGGGUUGCUUUGCUCUUGAAUCGAUUGAUUUCAAGAAUGCUUUGGAGCAGUUCCAGAAUCUAGUUGAAAAAAUGAUCAUCCAGAAGACCAAGGAGAGUUCAGGCUUGUAUACUAAAGAUGAUGAUGAGAUAGAUUAUGAAAAGUUCUAUAAAACCACACGAACACUUUUUGGUUCAGCAGUCAAGGAUCGGUAUAUUCAGGCCUUUUUCAGGAAGAUUAUCAGCAACCCUGAUGAAAGGCCAGAAUGGCUUGAGAUUUUUGGCUGUUUUAGCAGAGAAAGCGUUGGCAUGCCUUCCCCAUCGAAAGAAAGCAUGAUUUUGCUUGUAUCUGAAAAACAGCAGAUUACUCAUUCAGUUGUCAAGAGAAAAGAUGUGAUCAAGGGUAUAGUAAAGGUACCCCUUCUGCAUCUCACAGUAACAGCCUCUCAGAAAGGAUUGAUAACUGUGUUUAACAAAAAGAUGAAGGUUCUGACAACCAUCAAUAUUGAAGAUACUGCUUGGAUCACUGGAUGUGAUUUCCUGCCUAAUCUGAAAUACGUCGUGGCUGUAACUGAAAGCACAAUCAUUCUCUGGGACUAUAAAUCAAAAGAGAGAGAGGGUAAUGGCUUUGUCAUCAAACCAAUGAAAAACUGCCUGCUCUGUGUUUCUACGGUGACUAUGGCAGAUAACCUGGCUAGGGAUACCAUCUUAAUGGGAGAUGAUAAGGGUUAUGUUUAUCUGCUUACUAUCACCAGUGAUGACUUCAUAAUGAAACAAUCUAAAGCUGGAAAAGUAUCACAAUUUAAAGUCAUGGAUGCUGAAUCUUUUGACAUGCCUAAACGCAAGCUGCACGAUGACUGGGUUGGGAAGGUUAAGUAUUUUCCUACCCUAAAACGUUUUGGAUCCUGCUCCACAGACAGUAUUAAUUCAUUUGUUUUAGAUGACAUAAAGCGACUAGAGGACCACUUACCUGUAAAGGAAUUUUCUGUCCCGAAAGGAGUAAAUGCCUUCACAUACUGUGGAAAGGCAAAAGUCAUUGUCACCGGAGGUAAUGACAGAAUCCUUCGUUUGUGGAAUCCUGUUGUUAAUUUUAGUCCUACAGGGAAGCUAUUCGGACACAAACAUGGUAUUGUGGAAAUUGUGACAAAUGAGAAAGAUCAACAUGUCAUCAGCCUUUCCUGUGCAAAGGUUUUUAGAGUGUGGGAUAUACAGACUCUUUCGCCACUGCAGGUCUUCCAUGAAGCUCAUGGGACUCCAGAAGAGAUUAAUGCCUUUCCCAUGGUAUUUGACAAUGAUCGUGGCCUGCUUUUCACAGGUUCAGACGUCAUUGAUAUUUAUCCCCUUGCUAAUGUGACACAAGGUUCAAAAGAGUUGCCUCAGACACAUGAGAAGAGCCUCAAUGUUCUGCUUUACAACAGGGCUUUUCAUCAGAUUCUCAGCAUUUGCACUGAGUCAAUACUAAAGGUCUGGGACCUAGAAACAGGAUCUCGAAUAUAUCAAAUAGAAGAUGCACAUGGGCUGAAUACUGAGGUGACCUGUGCAGCCAUUGAAAGAAAUGGGGUUUAUCUUGCUACUGGGGCAUGUGAUGGAACAGUGAAAAUCUGGGAGUUUGAAAGUGGACAAGAAAUUAAAGCCUUGCCUAAACAGGACAGUGAUGAUGAACAUCGUGUGCUGAAGAUAGUAUAUCUGAAGGCUGAUGAAGGUCAACAUGCAGUUAUUGUUUUGGAACAGAGAGGGAAGAUAAAAAUCAUUCAGGGUGACUCAGCUCAAACAGAUCUAUAUGUCACAUGGGUGCUUCCUGAGAUAGUGCCGUUUCCACAAAGGAAUCCAGUUGUGUAUCUGUCACUGAAGCCUGCCUCCUUAGAAACACAAGAUUUUUUUCCAGAGAUUCGGCUUCUAUGUAACACCAGUUCCAUGAAGAAUGAUAAAGAGACUUUUUUAUCUUCUGUGGAUAUUAGGUGUUUUGAUAUUUUACAAGUAGAAGGAGGCAGAUCGAUAGCUACAGGAAGUGCAAAUGGUGAAAUAAAUCUGUGGGAUUUUGAAUCUGCUUCUGUGACAUGCCUGCGUAAAACUGCUGAAGACAAUGAGGUCUCUGGAGUCAAUGCCAUAUUAUUCCUUGUACGUAGUGUUUCCUCUUCCAGGAAAAGAAGUUCCGUGUCCUCUGCUCCUUCUGUGAGGAGUGAUGCCAGUGCCACUGCAGAGCACAAGGAAAGUUCUUCAGACCUACAUGAGAAAAAUGUGGAAAGUGAGGAAAUUAAUACUGAAAUAAGUAAUGAAAUUAAUACUGAAACAAGGGAUGAAAUUAAUACUGAAACAAGGGAUGAAAUUAAUACUGAAAUAAAAACAGCAGAAGAACCAACUAGCUGUAAGGACACCCAAAAUCCGGAGGUGAAUGAGCAGUUGUUGAAGGCUAGAGCAGGACUAUCACCUCUACUGGCUUCUGCUCAUGAAAGUAGCUGUAUCCGCCUAUGGAGUAUUCAGGGAAACUUGAUGAAAGAACUUCUGCCAUUUGCAGGACGUCCCUCGGGUCCUCUGACAGCACUGUGUACAGACAUCUUCACUAAAAUUCUUUUGACAGGCAGUAAAGAGGGAUAUAUUUUUCGCUGGAACAUGGCCUCAUUCUUAGAAGAUUCGCGAAAUAUAAAAAAUGCAAUAAAGGAGGAGCUCUGCUGGAGGGCACAUGCCUCUGAAGUGGUUGACUUAUUUAUUGAAGAGGAGAAAAAUGUGGUAGUGACAGCAUCUGUUGAUGGUUCAGUCAGGCUUUGGCAUGCCAGGACUGGAUAUUAUUUUGGUUUCUUUGGACAAGCCAGGAAGUUUGACUUAACAGAUACCAGUCGGUUGAUUUUGCCUUCUGAUGUUAGUGGUUUUUCUGCUAUAAUUAAAGAGGAGAGCAAACAUACGGAAAAGAAGAAGAUUUUAUAUCCUCUCAUUCUGGACAGAGACAAGCUGAAGUCACUGACUAGAUCACCUUCAGAUUUAGAAAAGGAUGGAGAUGAAGAAGCAGUUCACAACUUCAAGUUUUUCAGAGCUCUGGCUCCUGAAAAGCUAAAACCCAUGGAAACUUUUGAGUUUGCAAGCAAAGAGGCUGGUGCAAUAUUUGGGUUUCUUCCUAUAUAUGAGCUUGAGACUCCAAUUGAAGUGAGCAUGCCAAACAGUCUUCAUAGGAUCAGAGCUGAGAAGUCCAGUCACAAGGGACGGGAAAAGGAUCUAGAGUCCAUUGAAAACUUGAGUCAAGACAAUAAAUAA